GUACUUGGUCGGAGCUGUCUGAUGCUCGAUACCACGGUUUAGAAAUGGAACAGGCUCAGGUAGGUCAGCGGCGGUCUUAUGCUGGGGACUUGUGCACUAUCCGCUACGUGGGGACAGUCGAUGGGACUGCUGGAGAGUGGUUGGGAGUUGAAUGGGAUGAUCCGACUCGGGGGAAGCACUCGGGGCAGCAUCGCGGGGUGAGGUAUUUCACAUGCAAAAGCAAACAUCCUUCGGCAGGGUCAUUCGUGCGUCCGUCUCGGCCAGCAGAUAAACCUCGAGGGUUCCUCGAGGCCCUGCGCGAGAAGUACGCGUCCGAGCCCCUGGAAGAAGAACUAGCUAGACAGAAGCAGGGCGAGAGUGCUACAGAUGAUGCUCUGCCUAAGCCGAUCGAGAUCAGCGGCAAGGUUGUUGAAGAAGUCGGCUUCGACAAGAUCCGGAAGCAGCUUGCUAAGCUCCAGGAACUGAAGAUCGUACUUCUUGACGGACAACGAGUAGCCGGUGUGCUGGGGCAUGAUGCAUCAGCCGAAGAACUUGAAGCUGCAUAUGCGGAGAUCGAGCAGACUUGUCCACAAAUUACUGAGCUGGAUCUCAGCCAGAAUUUGUUGGCGUCUUGGAGUGCUGUGGCCCGGAUAUGUGAACGGUCAAAGCUACUGAAGAGACUGAAGUUGAUUGGAAACCGGCUUGGUCCCCUUGAGGAAGGGUUGAAGUUCGAGGGAGUCACAGCGCUUCAUAUUGACGAGACGCUUCUUACUUGGGAGGAGAUUUCAGCCUUAACAUAUCAGUUUCCAGUCAUUGCCUCUCUUUCUGCCUCAGCGAACCAAAUCUCGAUGAUCGCAACGCCACUAUCCAGUACCAUCACACGCCUCACUCUGGAGAACAAUGACCUCACUUCCGUAUCCUCUAUCAAACCUCUCGCCUCCCUACCAAACCUGGAGCAUCUUUCCCUUCGCGGAAACAACAUCUCCACCAUCUACAAUUCAGAUGACGAGUUUCAGUUCUCACACAGCCUCCACUCCCUCGAUAUAUCCCGUAACAAGAUCACCACCUGGGAUUUUGUCAACCAGCUGCCAUCCGUAUUUCCCGGUCUGGACACCCUUCGAAUAUCCGGGAACCCACUGUAUGACCAGUCCAUCGGACCCUCCCACAUCACAGGGGUGCCAGAGAAACCCAUGACGGUGGACGAAGCAUACAUGUUGACGCUCUCGCGCAUUGCCUCUCUGCAGCUUCUCAACUACGGCAAGAUCACCGCCAAGGACCGCAACAAUGGCGAGCUGUACUACCUAUCUCUCAUCGGAAAGGAGCUAUCUGAUUUUCCUGAGACUGCAGAGCCGCGUAUCCUUGCUGCGCAUCCUCGGUAUGAGGAACUGUGCGAUCUGUACGGCCAGCCUGUGAUCAGGAGAGUGGAAUCUGGGUCAGGUGCUGCUGUGAACCCGCGGUCUGUUGCUGCACGACUGGUGAAGUUGGUCUUCCACCUCUCUCAGACAGGGACUCUACAGGGUGAGGGCGCCGUCAAAGUCAAAGAAGUCCCUCGAUCGUUUGAUACGUAUCAAGUCAAAGCUAUUGUGUCUCGUUUAUUUGGGCUGCCGCCUUACAGCUUCAGACUAAUUUGGGAGACUGACGAGCUGGACCCAGUCAGCAAAGAGAAGAUGGAAGACGACGAGGGCUGGGAUAGUGAGGACGAGGUAGAAGAUAUGAAGGAUGAAAAGACAUUUGAGGAACCGGGCUUUGUCAAACGAGAGGUAGAGCUUGUGGAUACCACGAAAGAUAUCGGGUUCUGGUUCCAGUCUGAUCUGGUUGAAGCGAGGAUCAGGGUGGAAGUUUAGUACAUAUUCGUGUGGUUACAAGUGAUCACAUAAUGAAAACAAUACCCUUGCUUUAGAUUGUUGCUUUGGGAUGAAAUCACUCGAGGAUUGUAUCUGGUCACCUGAACCAGGGUCAUGUGUCUGCUCUGCCACACUCCUUUUCCUCUUCCCGCAUUGUCGGACUCCUAUUUUGCAGCUAUCCAUUCCUUCAACAGCUACAAGUCUGACUUCACAGGAUUCAAGUGCUGU